AGAGGGAGCCCUAGCCCAUUUGUAACAUCACCAACCCAACACAGCGGUAUAGUCGUAAGUGAAGGCAGCGAAUUACUGCUUUGCUCAUUCCCGUGUUUAAUACAGGGACAGCUUCCCGCCGAAAUAAGUUUCGGUAAGAAAACAGGAUUUGGCUUCGAUUUCGGGGGGAUAUUGCGAGAAAGAAAAGCCUUCGCGUAAAGCUCGCUUGAUUGAAGGCAUUGGUUUCUUGGCCGUGAAUGCGUCUCUCAGCCCGCUCGAAAAAUCGAGGGAAAAAAAGGUGAUCCUUGGAGAAAUUGUUUGCGAUUAUUGCCUGAUAAAGCCGCAGUGACGGAGUGAUCGAAUUGUGACGACGUAAGACUAAAGAUAGAGCCAUGUACGGUUUCGUCAACCAUGCCUUGGAGCUACUGGUGCUUCGCAAGUUCGGUCAGGAACAGUGGGAGGCCAUUAAGAAAGAGGCAGCUGUGGAGGUAGAUGGACAUUUCCUAACUCGUAUGGUAUACGAUGACAUGAAGACAUAUGACUUGGUGACCGCUGCUGUUAAUGUCCUAGGAGUCAGUGCAACCGAUCUUUUGGAGGCAUUCGGGCGGAUGUUUUUCGACUUCUGCCAAGAAUCCGGCUACGAUACCAUCUUGACGGUUCUCGGUUCCAACACACGAGACUUCCUGCAGAAUCUGGAUGCUCUCCACGAUCACUUGGCGUCCAUCUAUCCCGGGAUGAGGGCUCCUUCGUUCAGGUGCAGUAAGCGAGAGAGUGACGGUGCCCUCGUGCUUCAUUACUACUCAGAGAGACCAGGAUUAGAGAGGAUCGUAGUGGGUCUGGUCAAGUCUGUUUCAGAGAAGCUCCACAAGGGUGAGGUUGACGUGGAGAUCAUCAAGACCAAAGGAGAUGACUGCGACCACGUGCAGUUUGCCAUCAUUGAAAAGAGUGAGGCUGAAGAUGAGUCAGCCGUUCGCCAGGACCAUGGUAACAUGGGACUACUGUCCAAAGAACCUAGCAUUAGUCCAGCAACCUUUUGCCGUAUCUUCCCCUUUCAUAUAAUGUUUGAUGAGAACAUGGUGAUCCAUCAGUGCGGAAACUCGGUUGUCCGUUUGAUACCCACGUUGGGUUCAGACCGAUGCGUCAUCACAAACGCCUUCAACCUCGUACGCCCUCACAUGGACUUUGCGUUCAAGUCGAUCCUCAGUCAUCUCAACACCAUAUUUGUCCUCCGGAGUAAGCAGGGGUUAGAGGACGUGAGUGACGCGGUGGCACACCACAGACUCAAGCUCAAAGGGCAGAUGCUCUACGUCUCGGGCUCCAACGAGAUCCUCUUCCUCUGCUCGCCCAAUGUGGUCAAUCUGGACGAUCUGCGCCGGCGUGAGAUGUACCUGAGUGACAUACCGCUUCACGACGCAACGCGAGAUCUCGUACUGGAGUCUGAGAAGUUUGAAGCUGAGUACAAGUUGACACAGAAGCUCGAGAUCCUUACGGACAAGCUUCAGAUGACAUACAGAGAGUUGGAGUUGGAGAAGAGUAAGACAGACAGAUUACUCUAUUCAGUUCUCCCGCCAUCAGUCGCCCAGGAAUUGCGCCACCGACGGCCAGUCCCAGCCAAGAAACACGAGAAGGUGACCAUCAUGUUCAGUGGAAUCGCGGGAUUUGCUGAUUUCUGUCAUCGCAAGUCCGGGGACGCCAUGAAGAUUGUCAACCUGCUCAACAUGGUGUACACCAAGUAUGACACACUGACUGAUAAAAACCCAAAUGUAUACAAGGUAGAAACGGUUGGAGACAAGUACAUGGCUGUGAGUGGCUUACCCGAACCAUGUGACACGCAUGCGGGUUGCAUUGCCAGAAUGGCUUUACAGAUGAUGAAAUUAGCUCUGGAGAUCGAAGUGGACGGACAGAAUAUAGUGAUCACUAUUGGUAUCCAUAGCGGCGAGGUCGUGACGGGUGUCAUUGGUACCCGAAUGCCAAGGUACUGCCUGUUUGGAAACACGGUUAACUUGACCAGCAGGACGGAGACAACAGGCAAAACUGGAACAAUCAAUGUCUCUGAGUUCGCAUACAGGUGCCUGAUGGAGCCACAGAACCAUGACCCGACGUUUCAUUUUGAGUACAGGGGGCCAAUCGUCAUGAAGGGCAAGAAGGAACCAAUGCAGUGCUGGUACCUGACGGAGGCAACCGACGGGGAGAUCCAAUCAGAACAAUAGAGGCUUUUCUUU